AUGCCUCCAUCUCGAGGUGCUGUCUUUUUUUCAUGUGAUUCCUUUUACGGUGGAAUAGCUCUUGGCGAUCACCAACCGAGGAAAACUGGCCUCGGGGGUCGAGGCGGAAAGGUUUUGACCUACAGCACCGACUCGAAUCGUCACUUUGGUCUCUGUAUCGUGGAACUGUCGCUGAAUCCCAACUGGGCUCAGAAUGGCUUUCGGGAAGCAAGAGCAUGUGAAAUUGUCUCCUUCCGACUGUACAGAUCGGCCAGACCCGGCGGGGUUGGGGGAAAUGAGCCGCUGCCUGGAGAUGGCCAAUUUGGCGCUCUGUCGGUAUCGGUCAUUGGGUCACACAUUCGGAGACAGACAUUGCUCGCUGCGGAAGUAAGAGCAUCGAAUGAACGCUUGAAUGGACCCAUUUCUCUGCUUCAAUCUGGGCUUCAGUCAAUCGACAGCAACAGAGUUGCCAUCUGGAGCAGACAAACCUACACGUUGGUAUGGCUGACGGUUCACAUGUUUGUCAACAUGACAAACAGACAAAGCGACCAUCCAAAGGGAGGUUCUAAUCAAAAGGGAUUUGGCCCACAGCUUGGCUGGUUGGAGUUGUCGAUUCGAGCCCCAGUCUACUUGGCCUCAUCCUCCGUCCUUUGA